AUGGGCAGAAACGAUAACUCUGGUCGGCCGUUCAACUCUGCCGCCUCAUUCCGCGUUACCGACCCACCAAACCCCAAUUGGCAACUGAGACAAGGCCUCCCAGACGACGUCGAACCUGGAAAGUCGUGGAAAGCCGAAGAAGAGAAAGGCUGGAAGACUUGGGACCUCUCAGAUAUAUCGCCCAGGGAGGUAUACCCUUUAUUGACUUCAUGCAUCGUGCCUCGCCCCAUUGCGCUCGUGUCCAGCAUGUCUUCGGACGGAAUACCUAACCUUGCCCCGUUCAGGGGAGUUUUUUCAGUCGCGCACAACCCGCCGUUAUUGAGCAUUUCCUUCUCUCAUGCCGUGCGGACUGGGAAGUCCAAAGACACAAAGGAAAAUAUACUUGCGACGAAAGAGUUUACCGUAAGCAUCAUGAGCGAACCAUUCAUAGAAGCAGCGAAUAUCACGUGUGUCGACGCCCCUGCUGAUAUUGACGAGUGGGAUAUCAGCGGUCUAACCAGAUCGACCAGUAUAGACGUGAGGUCACCGUGGGUCAAAGAAAGUGCCAUUGGUUUUGAAUGCGAGUUGUUCCAUUCAUAUGAGAUUUGUCUGCCCAAUUCAAGCGAGGUCACGAAUACAUUGGUCUUGGGCCUCAUCAAGCGGGCACAUGUUAGAGAGUCCGUUUUGACUGCAAGCGGUACCGUUGAUCCCGCUAAGCUUCGCGCCGUGUCACGCUUAGGCGGUGAUAUGUACGCGAGGAUCGGUGAAGGUUUCGAACUUGCCAGGCCACCUUGGAAAGUGAUACGAGAUCAAGUCAUUUCUGGCGCGCCUGAAUCAGAGUAG